ACGGGACUCCGUAGCAGGUCAAAAGAUUCAUUAUUUGUUCUCAUCUGCGCGAUUCGACUCGAGCAGCUGUUUGUGACUCUUCUCAGACUUUUCGCCAGCGAUUACGGAAGUUUUGGCCGAUGCAUGUUGGCGAAGUUAAACCGCGGUAGCGCCGCGAGAGCACGCCAGGCUCGCGUUGGAAGGCUCGCGGUGUCCUUCUGCGGAUCCUCGAGGAGGAGUAACGAGGCGAGCGGCCAAGGAGUUCAAAUGUUGUGUCGCGUGUAUCGCCUGCGCCUAGCUAGUAAGAAACCGGACAAAUCCAUCGCGAGCUCUUUCGGCCUCAUCGCUACGCGUUAAGUGUAUGCGUGUUCCGCUGCGCUGCACCUGCCAGUCAGUUCGCACCUCGAAUUUCAUGAUUUAACCACGAAAUCUGUUACGCUCCAGGCGGCGCGAAUGCCGAGAGGACACACGUAAUUCCAACAUUGCUUCAUUAUAUCAUGUAUUCCGCUUGUAACGGAACGUUUUCCGACACGUUUGACAGUUUCGAGUGCGCGGACACGUUCUGAGCUCAGCUGUAGUUUGUGCAACUCUUGGUUGUUUGAAUCAUUUGGCCCUGCAUUAUCAGAGACAUCCGUAUGCAGCUACAUGCUUAGAUGCAGGUAGAGAAGUUCAUUAACAAAACGGCAUGCUUGUAAGUGUGGCCGCGCACUGUCACGUGGGAUGAAUGAGGAAGAACUAUUGAAACGGUCUGCCGCAGAGCGCGAUAGGAUUUUCAGCUGCUAUGACCGCGGUAGGGAAGGAGCUGAGAUUGAUCCCUGGGAGGAUCCUGCCUACGAGGUCUACCAUACUACAGACAGAUAUGGAUUUAUACACGAUAAGAGAUUACCACAGAAGCCGGAUCCGUACGAGGUCAAGCUGCAUCAUGUGGAGAUGGAGAGACUGAAAAAAUGGGAGAAGAUGACAAAGCAAUGGGACAGUGCCUCGACCAAGGAGAAGCUGCGGCGUAGGAUAUACAAAGGGAUUCCCAACAGAUUUCGCGGACAAGUAUGGUCUCUCCUUCUAGGGAUCAAGAAUCUAAAGAAGGAGCAAGCAGGCAAAUAUGAGGAGAUGCUGCAGUUGGCCCGUCAAUGGUCUACGGAGAUAAGACAAAUCGAUGCCGACGUUGCAAGACAAUACAGAGAUCACAUUAACUAUAGGGAGAGAUAUAGCAUAAAGCAGAAGUCCAUGUUCUAUGUACUGGCUGCCUAUAGUAUGUACAACAUGGAAGUAGGAUAUUGCCAAGGAAUGUCCGUGCUAGCUGGUUUGCUGCUGCUCUACAUGGAUGAGGAGGACGCGUUUUGGGGCCUUUCUGUGUUACUCGCCGACAAAAAAUAUAGCAUGCACGGCUUCUACGUGGAUGGUUUUCCAAAAUUGAACCGAUUCAUAGAGCACCAUGACAAAAUAAUGAACAAAUUUCUGCCGAAGCUGAAACGGAAGCUGGACAAGUGCGGCUGCGACUCUAUAUUAUACGCGUUGAAGUGGUUUUUUGUUGUCUUUCAGGAGAGAACACCCGUUAGUCUCGGCCUCCGCAUUUGGGAUAUCUUUCUGUUGGACGGCGACCGUAUAUUGCCAGCCAUGGCAUAUACUGUGAUGAAGCUGCAUAAGCGCUUCCUAAUACCGAUGGAAAGCCUCGACGAGUUCUGCAACUACCUGCAAAUCAAGCUAGAGAAGGAUUUCUACUUCGACGACGACACCGUGAUCAGCACGAUGGAACGCAGUACGGAGGAGCUAAAGCGUGCCAAAUUAGACUAUCCGGGCCCGCCGUUGCCACACGAGCUACCGCGUUUCCCAUUCGGCACUUUCAAGGAACCCUCUUUUACCAGCAAGGUUGGAAGGCGCAGCGAGGAAUUUAGUGAGGCUCAGCAUGUAAUGCGAGAGUCUGUGGCGCAGCGCAGGGACAUGGCGCUGAUUGACGACGGCAGGGAAAGUACUACACCCGUCGAGCCGACCAGCGGCCUUGGCGGGAGCAAAUUUUCAUUUGAUCCAAGUCUGGACGAUGGCGCGUCUCCUAAUGGUUCUCGUCGGUCGCUAGCCGAAACGUCAGUAACGUCAACGGCGGAUCUGUCGGUCUUCAGUUCGGCGACACGUUCUCAGGCGCUGGACAAUAGCCUCGACACGCAGAGUAAUAUUUCGAACGCGAGCUCGGGCAGCGGCGGUCUGCCGACGCCGCGGGCGACGCCGCAUCAGCCCAGUCCGGAUGUGGUUCGUAUCUACGUGCCGUACGCUUCGCCGGCGGCCUCUUUCAAAGACGAUUUGCCGCGCACGCUACCGCGCUCGCUCGACACCAACAAGAUCCGUAUUCGCGUUGACCCAGACAAGACUCCGAUCGUGGAGAACUUGAAACCGUUCUCGUUGGAGAGUCCGGAGGUAGAACUGGACUUGAAGUAA